AAGACACCGAGUUCACCGUAUUGAUUUGUUCUAGGGAGCAUUUCAACAGCACACGAAAACAAAACUACACGAGCUGGCUCAUAAAGGAUAAUGAACAGAAGGAAAACUCUACACUUAUAAAAGGAAAAUGGAUGCAAGACUCUAUUUUGAAUGUUUAGCAACAAAUCCACUUUGGUUGUUUUGCUAAAUUCAGCUUUAGUUUAUCACCUAGACUACAACGUUGUCAUCUGUACAUACAACAUUUUAGCCUCGCAUCAGUUUUAUCAAUGAACGGUCACCUAAACAACUUUUUGUGAAAUCAUAAAUAAGACGCAGAAUGUAUCAAGUAGUUCCAGGAGGUGCAGGAGGAACCAUCACUGAUGGCGUGCCCUUUAAGAAGAUAAACAAGGACAGUCGCCCUCUUAUGGGGGCUGGAGUUAUUGGUGUGAUUCUGGUGAUUGCGGCCGUGACAGCAUGGUGUUACUAUAUUGCCUCUCUACGAAAAGCUGACCUGUUGAAGACAGAAUUACUUGAUUUGAAUAAGGAUGGCUUUCUCAUCCGCAACCAGGCUGGGGGAAUUGUCUUGAAGAUGGGAUUCAGGUCUGGCACACUUGAUCUUGACUCCUGCUCUAAGGAGGGAGUGAUCCUUCGUUGCUCACGUUCAUAUGCCGGUAAGGUGAAUUUCUUCAUUAUGACGGUGAAGCCGAAAGAGACGGUGAUGUGUUAUCGUGUGCGCUGGGAAGAGCUGGAGUCUGACCGGCCCGUGGAACAUGCCAUGUCCUACAACGAAUCGCACUGGUAUGGUGGUGCUGAGACUGCUAUUCAGCAUUGGCCUAUUGCCAUCUCAGGCCAGCAGGCACCCAAACCUUUUGUCACCAGCGACGUGUACUCCAAUCGCCAUGACUUUGGUGGCAUCCUGGAGCGAUACUGGCUAUCGUCCAAUGCCACUGCCAUUAAGAUCAAUGACUCUGUGCCCUUCCACCUGGGCUGGAAUGACACGGAGAAAACUAUGUACUUCCAGGCACGAUAUCAGGACAGUCCAUAUAAACCUGCACCUGGAAGGCCACCAUAUGCUGAGCUCAGCUACCGAGUCUGUGUGGGCCCAGAUGUGACCUCCAUUCACAAGGUGAUGGUUCGGAGAUACUUCCCCAAACCCAACAAAGUGCCAGCUAAGGAAAUGUUCCAGCACCCCAUAUGGUCAUCAUGGGCUUUACAUAAGACUGACGUCAACCAGGAAAAGCUUUUGAGUUAUGCAGAGAAUAUACAUAAAUAUGGCUUUAACUGCAGCCACUUAGAACUUGAUGAUCGCUAUACCAGUCAAUAUGGGGAAUUUGAGUUGGACGCACAGAAAUUCCCAAACGCUUCUGCCAUGUUUCAGAAGCUCAAGGCAGAUGGCUUCCUGGUAUCUCUGUGGACACAUCCCUUCGUGAAUUAUGAUUCUGCAAAUUUUGGGCCAUGUGUUCAGAAAGGCCUGUUUGUGAUGGAGCCAACAGGCCAGCUUCCUGCCCUGGUAAAGUGGUGGAACGGCAUUGGUGGAAUUCUUGAUUUCACCAACCCAGAAGCUCGGAAUUGGUUCAUGUCCCAGCUUCGCUCUUUACGCUCCAAAUAUGGUGUUUCCUCAUUUAAAUUGGAUGCAGGCGAGACCAACUACUUGCCUUGGCAGUUCCGAACCCGAGCCCACCUCCCUGACCCAAGCACCUUUACAAGGCGGUACACUGAAAUGGCCAUUCCUUUCAAUGAGCGUGCCGAGCUUCGCUCUGGCUAUGGUUCUCAGAACAUCUCCUGUUUCUUCCGUCUUAUUGAUCGGGACUCCGUGUGGGGUUAUGAGCUUGGCCUAAAGUCCCUGAUCCCAACCGUCCUCACCAUAAGUAUCUUGGGCUACCAGUUCAUCCUUCCAGACAUGAUUGGAGGCAAUGCUUACCCCAACCGUACUGAUGGAAAUGGCAAACUACCCGACCGUGAGCUCUAUAUUCGCUGGUUGGAGCUGUCUGCUUUCAUGCCCUCCAUGCAAUUCUCUAUUCCUCCAUGGGAGUAUGAUGAUGAAGUGGUGGCUAUCGCUCAACGGUUCACUGAACUACAUGCGACACUGGUGGCUCCCAGGGUUAUAGAAUUGGCUGGAGAAGUUCUAGACACUGGAGACCCCAUAAUUCGCCCAUUAUGGUGGAUCGCCAUCAGCGACGAAACGGCUUAUAGAGUUGACUCACAGUUUCUGAUAGGUGAUGACUUGAUGGUUGCACCAGUAUUGGAGCCAGGCAAGCAAGAAAGAGAUAUUUACUUACCGGCCGGACGCUGGAAAAGUUACAAAGGAGAACGAUUUGAUAAUAAAGAGCCAAUACAUCUAACUGAUUAUCCUGUGGAUCUUGAUGAAAUAGCAUAUUUUGAAUGGGAUCAAUGAGACUACUGAAUACCAUCUGGAGUUAGUGCAUGUCUUCUAUUCAAAGCAUUUGCGAAGUUGUUGAUAACUUUGUUAGGGUUGUUUUAGGGAAUUAACAUGUUUUUUUCACAUCAUAUCCAGGCUGUAAAAACAGGACAUGUGUCUGUGUUUACAAAGCUCCCUGUUGUACAUUUAUAAUUCAUCUUUGGGAAAAGUUCCUUGGAGGUGUCUUUUUUACUUUUAUUUUUUAUUGUGUCAUAACAGCAGUUAAACAUGCAUUACAUGGCUGACACUCAUGCAUUAAUCCGUGCCUUGUACUUAAACAGUGAAUGUCUUCGAGAUGCCAUAGUUUUUGAUCCGAUCCUAAAUGUGAAUAGAACAAGCCUCUAAAUAAACCAACCAUACAGUUGUUACAGGUUAUGUAUGUAUUGUAAGGGCUGUGAUUUUGCACAAUGUAAGUUUAAAGGAAUAGUCCACCGGAAAAAAAACAAAAAACAAUUCUGUCAUUGUUAACUCUUCUCAUGUUGCUUUAAACCUGUGUUACUUUCUUCCAUAGAACACAAAGGUGAUCUGACUACUAACUGCUCUAUAAUGAAAGUGAAUGAGGAUAGGGGCUGUCAUGUGCCAAAUGAAAAAAAAAAAAACAUAAAAGGGUAAUGACCCAAAUUUUAGUCUGUUCCUCACUAUAAAGUAUUGUAUAGUUCAGAACAAUUGGAAAAUAAUGCACAAGUCACAUGAAACACUUUUACAAUACUUUAUUGUGCUUUCUGACAUUUUGCAGCUUGACAAGCCCAGUCCACAUUCAUUCAUUCUUUGUAUAGAAAAGAAUGGCUUGGGUGUUCUUCAAAAAUUCACCUUUUUGUGUUCUACAGAAAGUUAUACAGGUUUGGAAUGACAGAAUUUGUAUUUUUGGGUGAAAUAUUCCUUUCAUGUUCUCUCAUCUAAAAAUUAUCGUUACUGUACUUUUUACUUCAGGCAUACUUAAUGAAUUUCAAAUGUUCUCCACAAAGCAGUCUACUUUUUUAUGGUAUGUAAACAUUUGCAAGUAUAUGUUUAGACUAUGUUACUGUAUGGCUUUUUCUGCAAAAAAUGGCAGUGCUACACCUCCUAUAUAUACAAAGUUACGCAGUGCAUGCAGCACAAUUGAGCAUAAUCUGCCCUGUUCCAGUUUUUUAAGCGCUGACACAGAUGUAUUAGAUUAGUUGCAUGUUGGAGUAAUGUGUGCUCAGUUACUUGUAGCUGCAUUGGAAAUAACAAAGUCUUUUUUUAUUCAACUGCUGUACUGUUGUCAUAUAGUGCCAAAUACAUCACCAACAGGCCUUUUUUCAAGAAUUACUCCUACUGCCACAUUUAAUAAUUGAUUCAUAUUUCCUGUCACAUUAAUUUGUUUUAAAGCAAUAGUUCUCCCAAAAAUAAAAAUUCUGUAAUUAUUUACUCACUCAUGGUGUUCAAAAACAGUACACUAUUAUUAUUUUCAGGGGAACAUAAAAGUAGAAAUAUUUGUAGAAUCUUUAAGCAGUCUCGAUUCAAAAAUGUGGUGUCAACGUCAUUGCCGAUGAAUUUGCAUCCUUUCUCCUGUUUGUAGUAACUGAACACCACAUGCCAUAUAAAUUCUGGAUGCACAUGCAGACUAGACGUGUACUUCGAGAGAGGGCUAGAUUAUCAGUGAAUAAUUACUUAAAUUUUUCAGUCUGUUCUUCACGCAAACCUUCACACAAAAUCGUAUGGGAUGGAUUACUUUUGAUACUUUUUGUGGUGCUAUUAGGUGGUGUUUUUUUUUUUUUGUUGUUUUUUUUGGAUAUCGACAGCUGUGAUACCAUUAUGCCUAAAUAUUCUUCAAAAAAUACUCCUUUUCUGUUCUAAGAAAUAACAGCAUGCGGUUUUGGAAUGACAUGUGGGUGAGUUAAUGAUGACAGAAUUUUUAUUUUUGGGUAAACCAUUCCCUAAAGUAAAAACUUUUUAUCGUAUACUGUUUUGAUUUUGUUUUUGGGACAUGCCCCCUAAUUUUUGUGUGUUUUGCAAUGAUGGAAAAGCUUGGUCAGUUAAUCUUUAUCAGAUUAUAUUUUUGGGGCGCAAGGGUCACCUUUGUGUUUAUUGUGUUUGUUUAAUGCUUUUCCAGCAUGCCAGUAAUUGCCUCGCACACUGCAAACUCACUGCAAGCAUUCUCUAAUCAACGACUUUCAAGCUUAUUUUUAGCUCUUCCCACACAACUGCAAAAAGUGCACUCAUCCACUCUGCCAUAACAAUGACUGAAUCUAUCAAGCAAUGUGUCUUAUCUAAAAGCAGCUACAGAGUACAAAGACACAUGGUGGCUGCCUUUUCAGAACAUUGGUACCUCAAAUAACCAUUUUGAAUAACAGAAAACAUUAGUGUUGCCUUGUGAUAUUUUAGUGACUGACAUGUGAGGUGUUCUCUUGUAUGGUGUGAUUUUCUGCACUGGGAAGAAUGCAAGAGACUUCAUGUCCUUGUGGAUUUUACUAUGAGGAGAUCUUUUUAACAGGGCUCUGACAGUGAAGGCCCCUGGUUGCCUCAGUCAGACUUUAGAAGUUCUGGAAAUUCACCAGAGCAAAACCACCAUCAGCUUUCAACAGACUGGAAUUUAAUGUCUUUAUAUAUACACACACACACACUACCGGUCAAAAGUUUUGAAACACUUACUCAUUCUUUAUUACAAUUUUGUUCUUCUUCACAUUUUAUAAUAAUAGUAAAGUCAUCAAAACUAUGGAAUAACAUAAAUGGAACUAUGGGAAUUAUGUUGUGACUAAACAAAAUCCAAAAUAAAUCAAAACUGUGUUAUAUUUUAGCAUCUUCAAAGUAGUCACCCUUUGCCUAGAAUUUGCAGACAUGUACUCUUGACAUUUUCUCAAACAACUUCUUGAGGUAUCACCCUGGGAUGCUUUUUAAACAGUACUGAAGGAGUUCCCAUCUAUGUUGGGCACGUAUUGGCUGCUUUUCUUUAUUAUUUGGUCCAAGUCUUCAAUAUCAAAAACUUGUUUUUAUUUUUUAUUAAAUGUUAGUUUUAUAAUGAAAUAAAUUAAUAUGGUGGCACAAUUAUAUUUUUGUCUACAAAACUAAUUUCAAACAUUUAAGCCUUCAGAUCAAAAGAUUUUUAAGAUCAUGAGAAACAUUUCAGUCAAGUGUUUCAAAACUUUUGACCUGUAGUGUAUGUGUGUGUGUGUGUGUAUAUAUAUAUAUAUAUAUAUAUAUAUAUAUAUAAUGUAUAUGUAUGUAUGUAUAUAUAUGUAUAUACAGUACUGUGCAAAAGUUUUAGGCACUUGUGAAAAAUGUUGCAUAGUGAGGAUGUCUUCAAAAAUAAUGCCAUAAAGAGAUUUAAUUUAUCAAUUAACAUCAUACAAAGUCCAGUAAACAUAAAAAGCUACGUCAAUAUUUGGUGACAACCUUUGACUUUAAAACAGCCCCAAUUCUCCUAGGAACACCUGGACACAGUUUUCUUGGUUGUUGGCAGAUAGGAUGUUCCAAGCUUCUUGGAGAAUUCACCACAGUUCUUCUGUCUAUUUAGGCUGUCUUAACUGCUUCUGUCUCUUCAUGUAAUCCCAGACUGACACAAUGUUCAGUGGGGGGCUUUGUGGGGGACAUGCCACCCUGUUCUUCUAUUCUAAUCUUUUCUAUUUGCAAAAGUAAUGUUUGGGAGUCUAAAAUGUAUUUUUCCUAUUGACACAAUAAAGCUGAAGAUGUAAAUAACCAUCUUAAGACAAAUGUUUUUGUGAAACAUCUUAUGUGCCAAAAACAUUUGCACAGUACUGUAUAUAUAUAUAUAUAUAUAUAUAUAUAUAUAUAUAUAUAUAUAUAUAUAUAUAUAUAUAUAUAUAUAUAUAUAUAUAUAUAUAUAUUGUCUUAUUGUGUAUUUCUAUAUAUACUUAUAUUUUCUAUUCACUUUUUAUUUUUAUUCUAUUUCUGUUUUAUAUUUUUUUUUAUUAUCUCUGUCUUGUCGCAUUGUCUGUGCACUGGAAGCUUCUGUCACCAAGACAGAUUCCUUGUAUGUGUAAGCAUACUUGGCAAUAAAGCUCAUUCUGAUUCUGAUAUAUAUAUAUAUAUAUAUAUAUAUAUAUAUAUGCUGCCUUUUUAGCUCAUAUUAAUUGUGACUCUUUGUGUUGGUUUAAUUUUUGAAAUGUUCUCUACCGUCAGCUGUGUUUUAAAAGUUCUGUUGUUAUACAAAAUGUCGAUGACUAAUACAUCUGUUUAUUUAAAAACAAAUGGUAAAGAAAGUAUUUAUUGUCCAUUCUGUCUUACAUUUUGUUAUUUGGUUAAACCAGUACUUUGGAUGCAGCUUGUGCGAUUUCAGGCAUCUGUGUAAAAAAAAAAGUACUUGACAGUAUUUGAAAUUUUUAACAUUUUGUUUUGCGUGUUUGCUAAAUACAGUUGGGUGAAUCUCACAAAACUUGUCAAGAACAUAUCCAGGUCAUAUUUCACCCCUUAAUCUAAAGAAAAAAAUAAAAUAAUAUUUUGCAUAAAGAAAAAGAAGCCUAUUUACGGGUAGAAUGCAUUACCAUUACAUUUUAUGACCAAAAAAAAAAAAAAUGCUAAAUUAAAGGUACAGUUCACCCCCCCCCCCCCCCCACAUGGUUUCAAAACAAAUGUAUUUAAUCUGUGGAACACAAAAAGAGAGAAGCAGAAUGUUAGCCUCAGUCAUCAUUUACUUUCAUUUAAUGGAAAAAAGGUGCAAUGAAAGUGAAUAGUGAGUAAGGCUUACAUUCUUUGGAGCAACAUGAGGGUGAGUAAAUGAUGUCAGAGUUUUCUUUUUUGGGCGAGCUAUCCCUUUAAUGGCCAUAAAUAGCCUUCAUUUUCUUAUAUACAGUAUAUAUAUAUAUAAGUUUUAUUAUAUUUGAUUUUGGGUCAAAAAAUGACCUGGCCAUGUUCUUGACAGGUUUUGUGAAAUUCAUUCAACAAUGCCAAAGAGUUUGUAUUAAAAGUUAUUUAUUUGACUGAUUCUCAUAAAAAUAUUUUGUUCUACAGAGCACCACAGGAGGGCAGUGCUCACCUGCUUUUUCAAGUUCUCCCUAACCUGUGAAGCGUUAGCAUGGCACAAGAAAUCCUGUACUUUAUUUCACCUUUUUUCACUCACAAAGUGUAAUUAGUCUGAUAUCUAAGGAAAAAUGGUACCAUUAAACUUUUGACCUCUCAAGAA